ACCGGAAACGUUAUCCUAACAAUAUUAUCGAAGUCAUCAGGCACUGCACAAAAAAAAAGAAACUGAAAAUCACAAUGCUUCUAAAACCAUCACCACCAAUAACUCAUUGUUAUCAUUCCAAAUUCAGUUUUAACCCAAUCUUCACAUCAAUCCCGAACUCAACAUGUAGUAACUGUAAAUUCAAUGGAAAGUUGAGUAAAAAAACAGUUGGGGUGGCGGUAAUUAAUUCUGCAGCAAGUGAUAGUGAUGGGUAUAGAAAGAGGGCAUUAGAAACCCCAGGAGCGUAUGAACUAAUAGAUAAUAAAACUGGAGAGAAAUAUAUUGUUUGGGGAGAUGAUGAUGAUGGCCAAACCCUUAUUCCUUCUAAACAAGUUCUUCAAUGGGAGCCUCCUCCUUCCACCAAUUUCGACACCGAUAAACCUCGAGCAAAUACUAUGAGAGUAUCUCAAAGUUUUCAACGAUUGAGAGCUGGUAGAGUAAGGAAUCUUGGCAGGAUAUCUUCCGAAAAGGACCUAAAGGAUGGCGAUUCGCGUAAUGGACCUAUUGUUUUAGUAAAAGAUAGAUCAAAUGUCAGAAAAGAUGAGCCUAUUGUUCCAAGAUCUGAGGCUGAAAAGGUUAAUGGUAGCAUUACAAAAAGUAGAGCCAGGGAUGCUGGUGGGAUAUCGAUGAAUGUUGCAACUAAACUACGGAAAUCAGAUAUUGGUGGGGAUUUUUUUAGCAGAAAAUCUUUCAAGGAUGUGGGAUGCACCGAUUACAUGCUGCACUUUUUAGACAGCCAGCUUCUUGCGUACCCUUCACAUAUUCAGGCUAUGGCAUUCCCACAUGUUGUGCAAGGAAGAAGCUGCAUCAUUGCUGAUCAGAGUGGAUCCGGGAAAACCUUGGCAUAUCUUUUACCAGUGAUCCAAAGUAUUAGACAAGAUGAACUUCAAGGUCUUGCUAAAUCCUUACCUAAAAGUCCUCGAGUUGUUAUAUUGGUACCAACCGCUGAGUUGGCUUCACAGGUAUUGCGUAAUUGCAGGCUGAUGUCAAAAUCUGGUGUGCCAUUUCGGUCUAUGAUUGCAACUGGUGGUUUCAAACAGAAAACUCAACUGGAAAAUCUUCGGAAUGAGUUGGAUGUUUUAAUUGCGACUCCUGGACGUUUCUUGUACUUGGUUCAAGAAGGCUACCUAGAGUUAACAAGUCUAAAAUGUGCUGUGUUGGAUGAGGUGGACAUACUCUUUAAGGAUGAAGAUUUUCAGCCGGCACUGCAGAGUUUAAUGAAUUUGUCACCUAUCACCACCCAAUAUCUCUUUGUUACUGCAACUCUACCGGUGGAAAUAUACAAUAAGCUCAUUGAAAAUUUUCCAGAUUGUGAAGUCAUAAUGGGACCUGGCAUGCACCGCACAAGCUCUGGUCUUGAGGAGAUACUAGUUGAUUGCAGUGGAGAAGAUGGAAUUGAGAAAACUCCGGAUACAGCAUUUCUCAACAAAAAAUCUGCACUUCUGAAACUGGUGGAAGAAGGCCCGCCUACCAAAAUGAUCAUCUUCUGCAACAAAAUCGAGACAUGCAGAAAGGUUGAAAAUGCAUUAACAAGGUUCAAUAAGAAAGUUUUGCCGUUUCAUGCUGCGUUAGCCCAAGAUUUGCGAGUGGCAAAUAUGGAGGAGUUCUGCCAAACUCGCUUAAGAGAUAGCUCUUUGUUUUUAGUAUGCACUGACAGAGCAUCACGAGGGAUUGAUAUUCCUGGAGUCGACCAGGUGGUGCUCUUUGACUUUCCUCGCGACCCAAGUGAAUAUGUCCGUCGUGUUGGAAGAACUGCCAGGGGUGCCGGAGGGAAAGGGAGAGCUUUCAUAUUUGUUGUUGGAAAACAAGUUUCUCUUGCACGCAGAAUAGUCGAAAGAAAUAGAAAAGGCCACCCAUUGCAUGAUGUUCCAUCAAACAUCUAAUAUCUCGUGUUACCAACGUUUUGGAAUACUACCUUUUUUGGGAUCAUGAUAUGCAUACAGUGAGGAGCUAAAUUUUGAUGGUGUAUUAUUUAUAGGUUGAGGACAGGUAAUAACUAGAAAAGUGCCAUGAAACAUAAUUUCAAAGUAUUUAGAAAGAUAGUCUUUUUCGUA